GUCCCAUCAAUAAUGGUGAAGUCAAGCAAGGCAGCUCAAAUCUCGUUCGGGGAAUUAAGAAAUAAAUAUUUUAUAUUAUUUAUUCGCACCCAAUAUUUUAUAUUAUUUAUUCGCACCCACCCAAUUAUUUUCCUUUUUUCUUUUUAACUCACAAUCGGAGCACAAUUUAGAAAGCACACAGCAACACGCAGCUGAAGUAGAAAAAGAAGAAGAAGAACAGCAAGAGAAAAAUGGUGGGUCCGGGUCGCCCGCAGUUCGUACUAUUCGGGUCAUCCAUAGUUCAGAUGAGCUACAACGUUGGAGGCUGGGGUUCCAUAUUUGCCGACCUCUACACUCGAAAGGCUGAUGUGGUACUAAGAGGAUACUCUGGUUGGAAUACGAGGAUGGCUCUCGAAAUCUUGGAAAUAGUCUUUCCCAAGAGUCUUUCUGAUGAGACACGGAUAAUAUGUCUGACAUCGCCUCCCGUGAACGAAGCGAAAGUUCGUGAAAUAUUUGGUAACGGGCUCGAUGAUCAAGCCCGGACGAACGAGAGCUGUCGUAUAUAUUCAGAAGCUUUGGUAGAUUUGUGCAUGGAAAUGGAUGUUGAGGCCAUCAAUCUCUGGACAGCAAUUCAAGAAAGAGAUGAUUGGGCCAAUGCUUGCUUCAUAGAUGGAAUCCACUUGUCGGCUGAAGGUUCGAAGAUUGUGGUGAAGGAGAUACUUAAGGUUCUCAAGAAGAUCGAUUGGGAGCCAAGUCUCUAUUGGUUGAAGAUGACUGCUGAAUUUUCCGAGGAUUCGCCUUACUAUGUGGUUAAUUCUAAUGGUUCAACUACUGUCAAUGUGAGCAGCCAUAUUUCAACUUGGCAAAGGGAAUGGCUUGACAUUUAGGACAACAUUGGCAAAUAUUUUUGUGUGUUCUUUGGAUGGGCUAACUUUUAUUUUCUUGCAUUCCACACAACUUCAAUGUAAUUCGUAUUUUAUGAGCCCUUGGCUCGGAUGAAUGGGUAUCUCUUAAUUCUCGAUAUACAUGUACGAAGACUACACCUGUCAUUAGUAGGUUAGGCUGCAAAAGAAUCUAGCAGCUGCUAGUGAGCACCUGAGUCAUAGCUCGACUUGAGCUCAUGCAGUUCAACCUCGAACUUGAGCCGAAGGUCGAGCCUCUAUAUUUUACUAGAUUGAGUGCUCGACGACUUGCUUGAGUAUAAGUGUAAUUUACUUAAAUCGAGUUAAAUGCGAGCCAUACUCGAGCAAAUUUCAAGCCAAAUUUCUUAUUUGAAUAGUCAUUUUCUAGUGAAAUUUUGAGUCGAAUUUGAGUUAAAUUCUAGUUGAUAUCGGUCAUUUGAACGUUUUUGUUGAGUCGAGCUAAGCCUUCAAAAUUUUGGCUCAUCGAGCCCGAGGAACAAUGACGAAA